AACCCCCCUCCCUAUAUCUCACACCUUCUCCAUCUUUAAUCUCUUCUUCUUCCCAAUUUUUAAAUUUCGAAAUCACCCCAUCUCUUUUCAACAUGAAUCCUUCCGACUCCGGCUUCUUUCCCUACAAUCUCGCGCAAGCGACACCGCGAUGUGGUAUUACCAAGAGUUGGGCGAUCGACCGCCGAUGUACGAGACGCAACAAUCAGGGUACGUCGACCGAGAUUCGGUUCCGGAGACUCAACCGGAACCGUCCAGGUCGAAAAAAUGGCAACAAAUCAACAAUCCCGACGGCGGAUCGUUCCGGAAAAGUUCCACCGUCGACGCCGAGGUUGAGGUCGACGAGACUAUCGGUUCUACCGAUCAAAUCCCUCCAUUCAACGUUGCAGAUUCCGAUGACGAGGACCCCAUUCCACGGCCAAUCGGAAGAAAGAAGGCAAAAUCCAUUGCCUAUGGUUCGGGAGGGUCCGCCUCUGUUUCCGCUUCUUCCCGCGACGAAAUCGGGCGGGCAAUGGUUGAACAACUUCGGGCGUUCAAUCUCCAAGAACAAGAGAGGUUAAAGCUAAAGGAGAAGGAGUUGAAGCUAAAGGAGCAGGAGGCCGAGAUGAAAGUCAUGCAAACCGACCUCGGGACAAUCACGAGUUUCCAAAUCUCAUAUCCUCUUCACGAUCUCCUCGAGCUUAUGCACGAUAUUCUUGAAGCCAACCAAAGCCAACUGCGGUUUCUUCAUCCCUUAUUGCGACUGAUCUUCCCCAUUUUAGACCAAUCCAUCGAUUUUAUCCUUUCUCCUUUCAUACGAAUAUCGGAUUUCUACUAUCUCUGUGUUGGUUUUUCUCAACCACGUCUCUAUGCAAAUUUGACACUGUUCUCCAUUGAUGGAUGCAAGCCGCAGAAGACCCUUCGAGAUAAUGAAUCUCUUCAGCUCCUCCUCUUCAAUACUCACCUAUCUGAGAAAAAGUGGAUGACAUCGUUAUGGUGGAUGGACUGCUGCUUGAGGCCAGCUGAUUUGAAAAACUAUAGGUUGAUCAGUGGAAGAACUGCCAAUCUGAAAGGGCUUUGGUGAAAUCCUCUCUUUCACAGGCAUGGGCUUGACAUAAUUUUCUUGCGAUUUUACUUUUCUCAUUACCUGUGCAAUACAUAUUCUUAGUGCCAUACUCACCUCUUAAUGAUUAUUCUUUUUGGGCCAAGCAAGUAAUAAGCCACGCACAACAUGAAAAACAAAUCAAUUUGAAUUUU